AUGGCUACAGCUUCGCCGACGCCUAUGGGCUCGAGUCAAUUCGCAGUAGUCCGAAGACCUGCUUCACGAAAUGCAUAUAAACAACCUCCUAGCCGACCACAUUCGAACCGACCUGAUGUUGAAGCACCUCGACAAUAUUCACUCAAUGACAGCUCCGACGAUGAAAUCCCAAUGCCCAUGAAGUUGAGUGCUUUAACGAAAGCUUUAUUAAACGACGAGGCCUCGAUCAUAGAUAGUUCAACUACUGCUCGCACGACCCCCGAGCCCCCUCAUACAUCACACAUAAGAGCGGAAAGUGCGAGUAUAUUAGAGCUAUCUACGAGAGAGAACCAAUCGCCACUGGGGAACAGUGAACUCAGCAGCCCUACCUAUCCUCGACGAGUUGUGCGAUUGAGUACUACACCUGGUUCUUCAACGUUACGGAGAGGAGCCUCAUUGUCCAGUGCGGUUAAGAAGCACAAUGAACAACAAGCGGCACCAAAGGCGGAAGAGAGCGCAUUGGAUCUUAGCACGCCGGCACCAGUACCAAGGACCGUACGAGUGUCUAUUGGUAGAUCUUCAAUCGGAUCUUCCGGCAGACAUUCUGACAUACCAGUUUCACCACCACAGAUUAAUGGGUUUGAAAAUGACGAGCCACUUGAAUAUCCUUCAACAGUCACAAAGUUAAAUUUAGCUGCGGGCCAAGAAAGCGUAUCGAGAUAUAACCUGUCCACCGUUGGUCGUUCGAGGUACGGUGAAGAAAUAGCAUUACAAAGUUCAAUGAGAGUUAAAAGAGGUGCUAUUCCUAAAGUGUUUGGUACAUUUAUGAGAGGCCCAGCUCGAAGAGGAAGACCCCGGAUAUCACAGUCGGAUGAAGAACACAGCCCAACGAAGGAAAACGCAAACAAUAACGAUGCUGGGUCUAGUCAAGAACCUCAGAGUCAGGAAUCACAAUACGAACAACUAGCAAGCCAGGAUAAAAGUAACACUCCAGAACUAGAAAUAGCCAAAAGGGCUCCAGUCUCAUCGUAUAGAGAUUAUUCUGCUUCAGGCAGUCCUCCUAGCUCGAAGGACCUUCUUAAUUCGGUCCUACGCUCAAGGUCUCCGCCACCACCCACUUUAUCUAGCUCUCAAAUAUCUGACCCUCGUUCAAUUCCUGCCGCCUCGAAGCAACAACCUGCGUUCAAGAUACCAGCUCCACGCCCGGGUCUCCCUGCGACUCAUGAUCAAGAGAAUGAGGCACCUCCAACUUUCAAGCGGAACAAACAGCCUUUGAUACAUAUGAAUAGCGCAGAAAAACCAAUCCGACCAGAAAGCUUCGACAUGAAUUCUAUACGUGCCACUGGGUCUCCGGAGAGACGCCCUCUGGCUGUCCGAAGUCAAAAUACUCCUCGAAGACACGCCCCACCACCACCCAAGAUGUCCGUAUUAGAAGCAGCGACUAGUACUGCUGGUGCCGCUACUACAUCAAACGCCAAUAAUAGGAGAAAUAGGCUCAAGGUAAAUGGGAAGAUAUUCACUCGCUUGGAUGUAAUUGGACGUGGAGGUAGCUCGAAAGUGUACCGAGUAAUGGCAGAGAACUCGAAAAUAUUUGCAUUGAAACGGGUUGCCUUGGAAGAUGCAGAUGAAUCAGCCAUACGUGGUUUCAAGGGUGAAAUUGAUUUACUGAAGAAGCUGGGCUCGGUAGAAAGAGUGAUUCACUUAUAUGACUACGAGCUGAAUGAUGAGAGAGGUAUACUUAGUGUGCUUAUGGAGAUGGGAGAGUUGGAUAUGAACACUAUCUUAAAUCUUCGUAUGAAAUCCGAACACGCGAAGUUGGAUGUAAAUUUCGUGCGCUACUACUGGAAAGAAAUGCUCGAAUGUCUUCAAGCUGUUCACGCUUAUGACAUAGUUCACUCCGAUCUCAAACCUCACAACUUCGUCCUCGUCCAAGGUCGUCUUAAGCUCAUAGAUUUCGGUAUCGCCAACGCAAUCCAAACCGAAGAAACCGUCAACGUUCACCGCGAAACACAAAUCGGUACUCCAAACUACAUGUCCCCUGAAUCCCUCAUGGAUUCCAAUGCCUCUGAUGGAAAAAACCGCAAUGAACCAAAACUCAUGAAACUUGGAAAACCAUCCGAUAUUUGGAGUUUGGGCUGUAUACUUUAUCAAAUGACCUACGGUCGUGCUCCAUUCGCUCACAUCCAAAACCAACUGCAGCGCUGUUCAGCUAUCAUAAACUUCAGGUACGACAUCGAAUAUCCAACACAUGGUGUAGGCAAUGUUCUGGUCCCCACCUCCCUCGUUCGAACAUUGAAGAACUGUUUGAACAGAGAUCAGCAUAAGAGGCCAUCGGCGGAUGACUUGUUGGGGGAUGAUGAUACAUUUUUAAAUCCCCUGGAGAUUGAUCUGGAGAAGCACUUUCCGAUGACUGAAGAGUUGUUAGGCAGAAUAUUGCAAAAUGUGAUACAAAAGUGCGAGACUCUGGGGAGAGUGCCUAAUGAAGGAGAACUUUUGAACUUGUGGCCCAAGGGCUAUUUCGCAAGUUUGAGAAAAGCAGAGCAGAGGGGUGGAACAUGA